UCAAGUUGCUAUGGAAACGGCAACUUUCAUACCUCUGAGGCGUUUGUGUGCGACAGUUAGUGAAACCAGGAAAGAUUUUGGGAUAGCAGUUUUGUUUCUGUUGUUUUGAAAUAUGAAUAUCUUAGUAUUUCAGUGAAACUUAUCACUUCCUUCCUCACCACUGUCAGUAGAGUGUUGUGAAUUAUUUUCUUGUUCCUUCGACAACCAUACAUCUCUGAAAAUGAAACUAGCUACCUCAACUGGGUACAUGUUUGCGAUAGUUCUACAACUGAGUCUCUUUUCGUUAGCCGAGUCUCUCAGGUGCUACCAGUGUUCGUCAGAAGACGAAUACACCUGCGGAGAGUUUUUUGACCCGAAAUUCACUGAUGUCAGUGUGACGGAAUGUCCACUUUCAGAUGCGCAAUAUUGCAUCAAAACGACUGGAAUCUUUUCUGGUAAUCUUGGAGCGAAACGUUUCUGCUCUGAACGUUUCCUGGACAACUACUGCACUUAUGUCCGGAGGCCAGGCGACCAACGCGAGUACCGCUCAUGCGUUUAUACGUGCACGGGUGACGGAUGCAACAGCUCAACCGGAUUAACUCCAACUAAGCUCAUCCCGAUGUCGGCACUCUUACUGUUGACUGCCACAGCCAUGACAUCUCAUCGGCUAUAAACGGUGCAAUUUUUACGUUUUCUUUAGAAUCCCUUUUUAAAAGUUAUGUUGGAGACUACCAACAGUUGUGACUAGCAUUGCCUUUUCUCAUUCCUCCUUUUGGAACCCACACGUCUUAACUUUUCACCAUUGCAACGAAUUUCCGUCCAUCCCACGUUGUUUCUUCUCCUUAACCGUAACAAUUUGUUCUUCCAUUUAUUGUAGAACAACAAAAACGAGUUGCCUGACUUUACAGCAGCAUCUGACGUUUAUUUUGAAAGACAUGAAUCAAUGCGAUGAAUAAAUGUUUUUCUUUUUAAGAAAAAAGUAA